CGAUCCAGGCCUGCUGACGUCACUUCCUGAUGGAAGACUCAUUCUGAGAUUCGGAAGGGACGAGUAUUUUAUUCUUAUUACAGGCAUGAGGCUGAAUUUGGUAGUAGUUGUCACUGUGAUGUCCAUCCCCAUGGCACUUGUGCAAGGGGCUGAGAAGAAAAAACUACAGAUUGGAAUCAAGAAAAGAGUAGACAACUGUCCUAUAAAGUCCCGCAAGGGAGACGUGUUGAACAUGCACUACACUGGGAAACUGGAGGAUGGGACAGAAUUUGACAGCAGUAUACCGAGGAAUCAGCCCUUCACCUUUACUCUUGGCACGGGACAGGUCAUCAAGGGCUGGGAUCAGGGUUUGUUGGGGAUGUGUGAGGGUGAGAAGAGGAAGCUGGUUAUUCCCUCUGAGCUUGGUUAUGGUGACAGAGGAGCACCACCUAAAAUUCCAGGUGGUGCCACACUCAUCUUUGAAGUAGAACUGUUGAGCAUUGAGAGAAGAUCUGAUUUAUAGUGACAGAUUUGUGGGCCUGUCAGUCUUAAGCAUUUAAAGUCAGUGUGUUUGCAGCAAGAUCAGCGACUUCAGCUGCGUGCUACACUGCUGUCCACUGUACCCACAUAGCAACUUCUGGUGUUAAAGGGAGAGUCCACCCGCAUAUGAAAACUCUUAUUUAUUCGCCCUCAUGUCAUUCCAAAACGGUAUGACUUUCUUUGUUCGGUAAAACAUGCAAGAAAAUAUUUUGAAGAAUGCUAUGAUUUUUGUUCCCAUUGACUCCUUUGUAA